GCACGGUCUCGCGGAGGGGUGGUGCGAGUGCGAUUAGUCGGCUUGCCUAAUUAAUCCAACUGUCCCGCCCGGCGUGCGGGUGCGGGCGCUACAAAUACCCGCGAACCGGCGGGCGCAGCGGCCGGCAAGGGAAGGGAAGCGCGCGCGAGAAGCCUCCUCCUCCACGGACAGAGCACAGGGACACGGGGGCGCGCGAUGGGGAUGAGCCUGGCGCAGGCGGUGGCGGCGCUGGUGGGCACGUGCGCGCGGCGGCUGUCGCGGGCGGCGCGGCGGCUGCACCACCUGCGCCCGCGGGACGGGGCCGCGGCGGCGUCCUUCUCGUCGCGCGCCGUCGUGCCGUUCCUCGGCGGCGGCGGCGUGAGGAAGGCGCUCUCGUCGUCGCCGUCGCCGUCGACCAAGUCCAAGGCGAGGAGGAGGAACAAGGCGGCGGCGGAGGACGCCGCCGGUGACGGGGUGUGGAGGAAGGAGAUCAUGAUGGGGGAGCGCUGCCAGCCGCUGGACUUCUCCGGGGUCAUCUACUACGACGCCGAGGGCCGCCGCCUCGCGCAGCCCCCGCCGCCGCGCUCGCCGCUGCGCAGCCCGCUCCCGGCCUCCGUCAAGCUCGCCGCCAACGCCGGGGGCUACUAGCAACACUAGCCGCCGCCCUCUGUAGUGCCCCGCUACUGCUACUGCGGUGUCCAUGUUCUUUUCGCCGGUGCUCUGCGUUUGCCCUGUUUCUCCUCUUCCUCUGCUCCGGCAAAUAGUAGUAGUCCUCCAUUGCUCUCUGUCGUUUCACGUGUGUAGUGAGUGACUAGUGAGCACGUACGCGCAAUGUAAAAUUUCGUCGAAACCUAGCAUGCUCUUCUCUAUAAAGUUUAAGAACCUCUCCUUUUAUUUUCGCUCUUGUAUUUAUUAUUAUUUUUUUGCUUCCUCCUUUGUAAACGAAUCGGUCUUCACCACCAUCUAAUUAAGCUCUAAGCUCUUUGAUCA